AUGCUGACGAACGCCCAGCUACGAGCCGAGAUCGACCGGCUGAAUCAAGCGAUGGCAGAGCGCACGCGAGCGCCCACCAAUCUGCCCAAGUUCACCGGCAAGCGGGGGGAAGACGUUCGCGAAUGGCUGUUCCAGAUCGAGAACGCCUGUCGCAUCAACGGAAUCCAAAUCGAAGACGCGAGCGCGCGUCUGCCGGGUAUCGCCGGGUCGGCGAUGGAAAAGCCGGCCUCAGGAUGGUUCCUGCACUGGUCAUCGACGACGAGAAGUGAGGAGCACACGUGGGGGAUUUUCCGUGAGCAUGUGCUCCAACACUUCGAAGCUUCGAACUACCAGGCCGUCUUGCGAGAAAAGCUGCAGCGACUCAAGUAA